GCUCUCUUCUGUCUUCCGAAGGUCACUUGCAUUUCCAUUUGGAAUUGGAAAAAUUUAUCAAACAAAUUUCAAUUUUGCAAAUUUCAAAAAUAUAAGCCGAAACAUGUCGAAAUCUGCAUUGGUAAUUCUUGCACCCGGUGCUGAAGAAAUGGAAUUCGUAAUUGCUGCUGAUGUCUUGCGUAGAGCUGGAGUCGCUGUCACAGUUGCCGGCUUAAAAGAUGCCUCAGCUGUAAAAUGUUCCCGAGAUGUUGUUAUAACUCCUGAUGCUUCUCUGGAAGAUUCCAAAGCUAAAAACUUCGAUGUAGUCAUUCUUCCAGGUGGACUUGGUGGCUCCAAAGCAAUGGCCGAAUCUUCUUUGGUUGGGGAGAUUCUCAAGAGACAGGAAUCGGAAGGACGCAUGAUUGCAGCCAUCUGCGCUGCACCCAUUGCUCUGGCCGCACAUGGUAUUUGUACGGGAAAGAGCUUAACAUCGUACCCCGCAAUGAAAGGACAAUUGGAUUCGGCUUACAAAUAUAUAGAUGACCAAAAAGUCGUUCAAGAUGGAAAUUUGAUAACCAGUCGUGGCCCUGGUACAGCUUUUGAUUUUAGUUUGAAGCUAGCUGGGAUCUUGGCAGGGGAAUCAAAAGCAACUGAAGUAGCCAAGGGAAUGUUGUUGAUGUAAACGAAUAGGCGUGUGUUUCGCAAAUUUUGUUUGGUUUUUGUUAUUGAAACUUUGUUAAAAUUAGAAUUAUAAAAGAAAUAUUGUUUGAAAUAAAUUAAAAAUUUGUUUAGCUUUA